UUAUGAUGGCACCGAAACCGCACGGAACUUAACAGUUAAAAUCAAUGCUUUUGUUCAUUGAUAUGGCAGACCUGCAACCCACAAACGUCAAGUAAAAGAAGUGCAAAAAAAUUGUAUGGAGCCGUGUCGAGUAAUUAAUAUUUUCAUAUAUAAGCGACUUUAAUAAAUGUGGAAGAAAUGCCCAAGUUUAAGUACUUUUUGGUGAUUUUCUUAUUGCAACAAUGUCUAUUCGACGCCGAGGCACUGCCGGACGAAGGGAAAUGGGAUUUCAAUUUGACUGUGCAACAAAACUAUUUGAUCCUCUCCAAGAGCCUGUACCAGGGAGCACAUGUUUUUAUUAGAGCAAAUUGUGAGACUAUCACUGAGGACCCAACAAAUAUUACAGUCACCUGGGUUGUGGUGCAUUCAGUCUGUUGGGAUUAUAGUGAUGCUAGCAACAAAGUCCAAGAUAAUUUGCAAAAAAGCACUGCAUCAAGCAAUAUGACCAAUGGGCAUCCAUCAUCAGAGAAAACUUACAAAUGUUGGGAUCACAUCUCAAUUGAGAAGGAUAUAGAGGUGGCAAAGAAUAUUCGUAUUGGAAAACCCAUUCCUGUCUUCAUAACACCAAAGGACGGUAUUUAUGUACUUGGUAUAAAGGUUGCAGGAGAGAAUUACAAUUUAGAUGUGCACAUUGAGAUGAAGAAUAGGUAUGGUUAUUUGUCAGCGGCAGAUUGGCCUUUGCUGCCGUUCUAUGGGUUCAUGUGCAUAAUCUACGUAAUGUUCGGUCUAAUGUGGCUGGUCAUGUCUUUCCUGCAAUGGCGCGAUCUUCUUCGAGUGCAGUUCUGGAUCGGGGGAGUCAUACUGCUGGGCAUGUUGGAGAAAGCUACUUUCUACGCCGAGUACCAAAGUAUUAACCACACAGGUAGCAGAGUGCAGGGUGCCAUGCUCUUUGCCGAAUGGGUUUCCUGUGGGAAACGCACAUUGGCUAGGAUGUUAGUGGUAAUUGUGAGUCUGGGAUUCGGUAUAGUCAAGCCUAGGUUAGGAGCUGCUCUACACCGUGUGGUUGGUGUUGGUAUGUUGUAUUUCUUCUUGGCUGCAAGCGAGUCUUAUCUUAGAGUAACACGGCCUAAGAACGAUCAGAAUAAGGACGUGUUGGUGGCCUCUGUCCCUCUGGCAGUGCUAGAUUCGGCGAUCUGCUGGUGGAUUUUCAGCGCCUUGGUGAAUACGAUGCGCACUCUACGUCUUCGCAGAAACGAAGUCAAGCUAACACUGUACAAGCACUUCACGAAUACCUUGAUCUUCUCAGUCGCAGCUUCGGUUAUAUUCAUGCUGUAUUCAAUCAAGACCCACAGGAUCGUCGCCUGCCUGAAAGUCUGGAAGGAUCUGUGGUUGGAGGAGGCCUAUUGGCAUAUACUGUUCUCAUCACUGCUGCUGGUAAUUAUCAUCUUGUGGAGGCCAACAAACAACAACCAGAGAUACGCUUUCGUGCCGCUGUUGGAGACUGGCGAUGAUGAGGAGGAGGAGCAUCUUGUGAACGACGCCUACGGGGUUAAGGUGCGUAUCCAUAAGAACAGCGUUGCACCUAAGCAAAAGACCAUAGAGGAGGAAAUCAAGUGGCUGGAGGAGAACGUUAACAUUAACACGCCGUUGCAAAUACUGGACUCAGACGAUGAACUUGUCAACACCAGGUUCGAAGUAUCCAAAAUGCAGUGACGUGGCAAGUACCUAUAUAAUUAACUAAUCCAAAUACGCCAUAAUUUAAUUCUGUUCUGUGCAUACCAAAAUAGUACUUAUGUAACUGAAUAGGGUAUAAACGAGAAAAUGUGAUUUUUUUCUCCUCUUGUCACUAAAUUAUUUUAAGCGUUUUUAAUUAUAUUUAAUUGUCUUUCUCAGUGUGUUUUCGUAUUAGGCGCAAAUGUCCUACCUAGAAUAUACUUUAUUUUUUCUUCUGUUGUAAAUAAUAUAUUUAAUUGUACGUA